ACAGUACCUAGUUUUUCUACGCUCUCGAAACAAAAACGUCAUCUCAGUUUCUCUGAAUAAUCAUCUUUGUUCUUCGGAAGUUUGCAAGAAAAUUUUCAAAGCUCUCACAAUUUUGCUCUCUGUUUUGAUUGUAUUGUAAGGACCUCCUAAAGAGAUUUGGGAUGGACUCUGCAAAGCAUAUUGACACACCCAUGAGCUCCUCAUGUACACUUCAUAAAGACGAACAAGGUAAAUCGGUAGAUUCUACAAGGUAUAGAGGUAUGAUUGGAUCACUGUUAUAUUUAACUACCUCUAGACCUGAUAUUAUGUUUGCUGUAUGCAUGUGUACACGAUAUCAAUCUAAUCCUAGAGAGUCCCACUUAGCUGCUGUUAAAAUAAUUUUUCGUUAUUUGGUGGGUUCUAGUCAUAUGGGAUUGUGGUAUCCUAAGGGAUUUCCACCAAGCUUAGUUGGGUAUUCCGAUGCCGACUUUGCUGGAUGUACAUUGGAUAGGAAGAGCACGAGUGACACAUGUCAUUUGUUUGGAAACGCUUUAGUUUCUUGGCAUAGUAAGAAGCAAGCUAGUGUAGCUCUAUCCACUGCGGAAGCAGAGUAUAUAGCUGCAGGUAGUUGUGUUGCCCAAGUUCUUUGGAUGAAGCAACAACUUCUGGACUAUGGUUUGAAACUUGAGACUAUUCCCAUCUUGUGUAAUAACACAAGUGCUAUUAACCUAACUAAGAAUCCCAUUCAACAUUCACGUACUAAACAUAUUGAUAUUCGUCAUCAUUUCAUUCGUGAUCAUGUUAGUAAAAGAGAUGUUGAAAUUAAUUUUGUUGAUACAACUAAACAAUUAGCGGAUAUUUUUACAAAGUCAUUACCUAGAGAUACCUAUGAAAGAUUGCGUAUGGAAUUAGGCUUAUUUGAUCCGUCUUCUUAAUACAUGCACAUUCAUGCCUUCUAACAUGUCUUUAUUCAUUAUGCCAUUUUUUUCAUAUGCUUUGGUUGUAUCUCAUGCUACUAUUAUUUUUGAUAAUGUCAAAGGGGGAGAAAAUAAGAUAAAUGAAUGUCAAAUUGAGCUUAUGCAUAUUGAUAGGGGAGCUUAAAGAAAUUUUAAA